AUGCAACACAGAUCAAACAGAAGGAGUUGUACCACUGUGGUAACGCCACUAAGGGAAUACACCGGUGCCGAAAAACCCCCAUAUACUGAAACCGGCCCUUCGAGAAGAAACAGAAGGUCGACUACGACAUCAUCCGUGGUUAAUAUCAAUGUUGUGGAAAGAAAACUGUUCAACUUGGAAUUGGAAAAGCAGCAUAUUCACGCCAAAGGUCUGGUUAAGGGUAAGCAAAUCGAAUGUCCCAGCGCUGAAAAUACUGAUUUGGAUACGAACAAAGUAACGGAAGAACAAGAAGCUCCAGCAGAAGAGCCCGUCGGGAAGCAGCCACCCUGCUUAAUGAAGAAGAGUCCACCAAGAAAAAAAAAAAGUUUGAAAGACUUGAUUUACGAGACAAACAAGACAUUAUAUCAAGUAGAUUCCAACAAGGUUAAAUACAAAGUAGGUUUGUCCAAGAAGCAGCUAUUAUCGCCUAAAACCGAAGAUAGCUAA